UAGCCACGCGAAAAGCAGCACCUAGGGUUUGCUUGUUUGCGCGUUGUGUGUCUGUAACAGAUGCCUACUACCGAUAAUAGGCAGCCUGGAAAAAUGAGUCUAUGGAAACAGUUGCUCGGUUUAGCUAACAGCCGCUUCUGGCAGUUGUCCGACGCUUAGUUAACAGUGGAGCCGCUGGACCGAUGCUGCGCCCCUUCCGGUUUCGUUGCUGGCAGCCCAGCCCAUCUGUCCCAGGGCCGGAAGUGAGCUCUUCCCGUGUUCGUCCCUUCCCCAAGAUGGCAACAGCCGGAGACGAGUUACUGCUGCCGCGGCUCCCCGAGCUGUUCGAAACCAGCAAGCAGCUUCUGGACGAAGUGGAAGUCGCGACUGAACCCACCGGCUCCCGGAUUAUCCAAGAUAAGGUGUUCAAGGGACUGGACCUCCUGAAGAAGGCUGCCGAAAUGUUACUGGAGCUCGACUUGUUCAGCCGAAAUGAAGAUUUGGAAGAGAUUGCUUCCACCGAUCUGAAGUACCUGAUGGUGCCAGCAUUUCAAGGAGCAUUCGCCAUGAAACAAGUCAACCCCAGCAAGCGUCUAGAUCAUUUGCAGUGGGCUCGAGAACACUUUUUAAACUACUUAACUCAGUGCCGAUACUAUCAUGUGGCAGAGUUUGAGCUGCCCAAAACCAAGGCCAACUCUGCUGAAAAUAACACUGCUGAUUCCUCCAUGGCCUAUCCUAGCCUCGUUGCUAUGGCAUCUCAGAGACAGGCUAAAAUAGAGAGAUACAAGCAGAAGAAGGCGGUGGAGCAUAGGUUGUCUGCACUGAAAUCUGCUGUGGAAAGUGGUCAAGCAGAUGAUGAGUGUGUUCGUGAAUAUUACCUCCUUCACCUUCGAAGGUGGAUUGGUAUCAGCUUAGAAGAGAUUGAGAGCAUUGACCAGGAGAUAAAGAUCUUGAGAGGAAAAGACUCUUCAAAAGAGGCAUCAACUUCUCACUCAUCUCGUCAGGACAGGCCUCCGAUGAAACCGUUUGUUCUCACUCGGAACAUGGCCCAAGCCAAAGUAUUUGGAGCUGGUUAUCCAAGUCUGGCAUCUAUGACAGUGAAUGACUGGUAUGAACAGCAUCGGAAAUUUGGAGCAUUACCUGAUCAGGGUAUAGCCAAGAAAACAUCAGGUAGUCCACAGAUGCAACGUACAUCAAGUUGAUUGUGGAGAUUUAAUCCGCUGCUCCUGAGGCUGCUGGGAGAGAUUUCCCUUUCUCUUCUUUGUUUGCUCAGCUCCUGGGGUUCAGCUUUGGAUUUGACCCCGCCUCUGCGUGUAGGUUACCUGAGGGCAUCUGUUCCUGCCCAGACAGGACAGGGUUAUAGGAGCAGCUGAUUCAGGGGCUGUGGCUCACUCAGGCCCAGGGGAGGGAGGGGUACGGAUGCUGGGCGAGCCUGCGUUGGCAGAGGCUGGCGUGACAUUGCAACAGCCUGAGGCGUGCUGUGCGUUCUCCUGGGGAAGUUGUCCCUGGAUCAGGGGACCCUGGCAGAGGCGGGCUGCACAGGCUUCCGGGGGGCGAGGUGUGGAUAGUGACCUGUGCUCGCACACAGGCUUCUUGGUAGCUGCAGCAGGAGCCUUAGCGUCUCAUGCCAGUCUCUGGAGUUCGCGCUGAUAGCCCAGGCUCGCGCCCAUCUCUGGAGCUCCUUUAAGCAGCAUUCUUAAUCCCCUGUCCUCGCACACCGCGAAACAAAGAGGCAAGAAAAAGUCUCUUGCCUCUUCGGCAGUUCCAGACUUUUUCCCGGACUCCCUCCGGCUAGGACUCCCUCCGGCUAGCUGUGGCGUACUAGCCCCUUCGGGCUGUGUUCACGCAGCCAACCCCAGUCCUCUCCCUGGGGUCUGACCUCCGAAGCCCGAGCCUCAGCUUCCAGCCCCCACCCGCCCCGGCGGGUGAGCAGACAAGCCUCUCAGGCUGGUGAGUGCUGGUCGGCACCGAUCCUCUGUGCGGGAAUCUCUCCGCUUUGCGCUCUGCACCCCUGUUGCUGCGCUCUCCUCCGUGGCUCCAAAGCUUCCCCCCACUCCACCCCCAUCUCCGCCAGUGAAGGGUCUUCCUAGUGUGUGGAAACCUUUCCUCCUUCACAGCUCCCUCCCACUGGUCCAGGUCCCAUCCCUAUUCUUUUGUCUCUGCUUUUUCUUUUUUCUUUUGCCCUACCCAGGUACGUGGGGGGUUUCUUGCCUUUUGGGAGGUCUGAGGUCUUCUGCCAGCAUUCAGUAGGUGUUCUGUAGGAGCUGUUCCACAUGUAGAUGUAUUUCUGAUGUAUUUGUGGGGAGGAAGGUGAUCUCCACUUCUAACUCUUCAACCGUUUUCCCAAUAUUAUUAAUAACUCUAAAUGGAAUAUAAUAUAUAAAAUAUUAAAUCAACAUGUUGUACACCUGAAACUAAUAUUGUAAAUCUAUUAGACUUCAAUUUGAAUAAAAGAAAAGAAAUGAAAGCUAAACUAGAAGAAAACAAGAAUGAGUGAAUAUAACAGAAAAUGCCUUUCUAAAGUAAAAAGGAAAAUGUUUUAAAUCAAAAAGAAACAAAGAUGAACAGAUUUCUAGAAAAAGUGACAAAUAUGAAAGAUAGCAAAGAAGACCUGACAUGGAUAAUAAGAUUAUCUGAAGAAGAAUACUGAAGCAAGGAAAAAGAAAAAAAUGCUUAAAACUAAUAUUGGAUGGACCUAGAGACUGUCAUACAGAGUGAAGUAAGUCAGAAAGAGAAAAACAAAUACCAUAUGCUAACACACAUAUGUGGAAUCUAAAAAAACGGUACUGAUAAACCUAGUGGCAGGGCAGGAAUAAAGAUGCAGAUGUAGAGAAUGGACUUGAGGACAUGGGGAGGGGGAAGGGUAAGCUGUGACAAAGUGAGAGAGUGGCAUGGACAUAUAUACACUACCAAAUGUAAAAUGGAUGGCUAGUGGGAAGCAGCCGCAUAGUACAGGGAGAUCAGCUCAGUGCUUUGUGACCACCUAGAGGGGUGGGAUAGGGAGGGUGGGAGGGAGAUGCAAGAGGGAGGGGAUAUGGGGAUAUAUGUAUACAUAUAGCUGAUUCACUUUGUUGUACAGCAGAAACACACAACAUUGUAAAGCAGUUAUACUCCAAUAAAGAUAUUUUUUUAAAAAAACUAAUAUUGAGGAAACUUUAGAUUGGCUUUUAAAAAGCACACCGUGUACCUACGAAUUUUGACCCAGAAUAACCAGCAGCAAGACACAUUCUAAUAAAAUUACUAGACUUUUUUUAAAAAAAGAAAUGCCUUGGAUACUUCAGCAAAAACAGCAGGUGGGUUGUAAAGGAAGGAAAAUCAGAUCAUCUUCAAACUUUUUGACACCAACACUUUAUGCCAGAAGAAAAUGGAGUAACAUUUAAGAUACUCAAGGGGAAAAAAUGUGAGCCAAGGACAUUAUAUCUGGUAAAAGUGGCUUUUAGGUAUAAAAGGUACAGGUAUUUAUCAACAUGCAGGAACUCAGGAAAUAUUCGUCCCAUGAUCCCUUUCUGAGAAAUUUGCUAGAGAAUGAGCUUAAGACAACCAAAGUGAUGAGAGAGACAUUGAUAUAAGGACUAUCAGUCAGCAUUAAAUAUAUAGUUACUUGUAGAACUAAGACUAAAUGAGAUUUGAAAGAGAGAAAGUAUUAAUGCUUAUAUGCCCAGUGCUCUGGUAAUGUAGAUAUAGUGUAACUUUUAAUGGAGAAA